AUGUCACAGGACUGCAACGAUGAGUGGGAGCUGAGCAAAGAGAACGUGCAGCCCCUUCGGCAGGGGCGAGUCAUGUCCACCCUGCAGGAAGCGCUGGCUCAGCAGGAGACCUCCAGCCACACGGCUGUCCAGCUCAAAAAACAGGAGUUUGAGUCAGAAAUCCGAUUUUACUCUGGAGAUGACCCACUGGAUGUCUGGGACAGGUACAUCAGGUGGACAGAGCAAACCUUCCCCCAGGGUGGGAAGGAGGGCAACCUCGCAGCCCUGCUGGAGAGGGCAGUGAAAGCUCUCAACGAGCAGCAGCGCUACUACAAAGACCCUCGAUAUCUCAGCCUCUGGCUCAAGUUUGGGAACUGUUGUAACGAGCCCUUGGAUCUGUACAGUUAUCUGCACAGCCAGGAAAUUGGCACAACACUGGCCCUGCUCUACAUCACGUGGGCAGAAGUGCUUGAGGCUAGAGGAAGCUUUAAGAAAGCAGAUCUGAUAUUCCAGGAAGGCCUUCAGCGCAAGGCAGAGCCUUUGGACAAGCUCCAGUCCCAUCACAGGCAGUUUCAGACCCGAGUUUCUCGGCAGACACUGCUGGGGCUGGAGGAGACUCCUGAAGAAACAGAUCUUCUGGGAGCUGCAGAACCUCAGAGGAGCUCACUGGCAGAUCUAAAAGGCAGGGGAAAGAAAAAAGUGAGAGCCCCAAUUAGUCGUGUGGGAGAUGCUCUUAAAGCCACAAACCAAACCAGAAGCUUCCAGACUAUAAACUCUCAGCAGCUUUCAAAUAAUGUGGGUUUUGCUGUGUUUGAUGAAAAUUCAGCUUCUGCACCCGAGGUUCCUGUACUGACACCACAGCCAUGGCUGGCACCUCCAGCUCCAAGGGCCAAGGAGAAUGAGCUAAGUGCAGGACCUUGGAACUCUGGCAGGCGUCCUCGCAGCAGUGCCAGUGCAGGUGCAGAAGUGUCCUACCCACUGCCCAGUUUCACCCCCUACGUGGAAGAGUCAGCUCAGCAACAAGUCAUGACUCCCUGCAAAAUUGAACCCAGCAUAAAUCAUGUUCUAAGUGCUCGCAAACCUGAGAAGGAGGAGGACCCACUACAGCGAGUGCAAAACCACCAGCAGGAGCCUCAAGAAAAGAAAGAGGUGGUGAUGUACUGCAAAGAGAAAGUUUAUGCUGGAGUUGAAGAAUUUUCUUUGGAAGAGAUCCGAGCUGAAAUCUACAGGAAGAAAGCAAAAAAGAAAACUGAAGAGGAGAUGCAGGCCAUAGCUCAGCAGAAGGAAGAAAUACAAAGGAAAAUUGAGGAGCUGGAGAAGAAGUUAAAGAAGAAAGAUGACAAGCAGCAACAACCACGUGAACAGCCAACAGAGACAACAGAAGCUUCACCACCUUUGGGACCACAAGAAUUUACUGUUUCCAGUGCAACAGAAGUUGGGGAGAAACAGCCUCAGCUGCAAAGUGAGGUCCAGAUCUCUGAAGGUACUCAAGCCCAUAAACCCUCUUCUUCUGCAGAUGUAGGUCUCCUUCCUCCACCAGCUUCUGCUACGUUCUUCUCCAUAUUUGAUGAAUCCUCUACUUUGGCAAAUCAGAACAUAAGUUGUUCUGCAGACCAUCCACAGAAAGGUGCCCGGCGUCCUCUCGCUGUUCGUAAACCUUCAGAUUCUGUAACUGCCAAGGAAAACCUAUCACCAGAGGCCUGUGAUGAGCUGAAUGGAAUUGAAAAUUUGGCUGAAGAUGCAAUUGUGACAGGCUCCUACAAGAACAAAACCCUCUGUGCCAACCCAGAGGACACGUGUGACUUUGUUAGGGCUGCCCAUCUGGCCUCAACGCCCUUCCAUGGGAUGGUAGCUCAGAGAGUCCCAGCUCCUGCUCUCUCACAGUGUGUCCUGAAGGAAGACAGCCCAGAGUCCAAGAGUGCACCUCUGACUCAGGAGACCCUCGUUUGUGAGGGAGCAUAUGAUGAGGCUCUUCGUGUGAAUAAGCUGAGCCCCAUCAUGGAAGCAAGCCUGGAAGAUACUCGCUUGUCAGGUUCUUCUGUCUCCUCAGGAUCUUCUCUUGGCUCUGUUACACAAAUGUCUACCAUUAAAUACCUGCCUAUCCCUGAGAAACUGGAACUUGCUCAGAGCUUGCCUGCUGAAGUGGCUGCUGACUCUGGAGGUACCAGUGAACACAUCACUGGUGGUGAGGUAGCUCAGCUCUUGUGGGGCACUGAGCAGCGUAAGAAGCUCCUGGAUCCCCUGCCAGGCUCCCUGACUGCUGCUCCAGAUUUCCACUCAGAGUCUGGCACUCUGCCUCUCAUGCAGCUUGAGAAAGAUGUUGAGCUGGGAAAUGAGACUUACUGCAUCAAAUGGGAAUAUUGGUCCAAUGAAGAGUACAAGAUGUUCUUUGCUAUUCCAGCUAACUUUCCCCAGCUGGAUGCAAAGGGAUUUGCAAUAAAGGUGUACUCUCAGCCUGUGCCUUGGGACUUCUACAUCACGCUUCAGCUGCGGGAGCGUUUGGGUGCUGAGCUGGACCAGAGCUUCAGUGGGGGCUGCAGCUGUUUCCUGUUCCAGGAUGGCUGUGCCCUGCUGCACAGGGACAUCAACCGCUUCACCCUGGGGGAUGUUAUUCGUGGCUGUAAAUCCAUCACAGAGGAAGUGAUCCUGCUGGUUGUUUAUAAUCUUCUGGGUGUGGUAGAGAAGCUCCACAAAGCAGAGAUUGUCCAUGGAGAUCUGACUCCAGAGGUGUUCUUUCUGGGAGACAGGAUCUGUGAUCCAUUUGGUAAUAAUGAGAUGACAAGUGCUCUGAAGAUAGUGGAUUUCUCUCACAGUCUAGAUUUGAGAUUACAGUCUCAAGUAAGUCUGCCCAACAGCUUUCCCAUAUGUCAGACCCCUCAUGGACAACAGCUUCUGGCAAAAAGUUCUCUUCCUUAUCAGGUGGACUUGCUUGGCAUUGCAGAUAUAGUCCAUUUGAUGCUGUUUGGGGAUCAUGUCCAGGUCUACCAAGAGAAUUCCACCUGGAAGAUCAGCCAAAAUGUAUCAAAGUAAAGCUGCUCUCUUUGUUUUUGGACUUUUGACAGUGAUUUCUGGAGCAAACUUUUGGGGAGAAUCCUGAAUGCAGAUGGUAAGUCCACAGUGCCUCUGCUGAGGGAGCUGAGAGAGGAGAUAAGUGACAUAUUUGACAGCAGUUUCCAAGAACGUCUUUGUGAAUCCUUAGCUGCACUGGGAGAAACUUUCCUCUUGGAAGACUUCGUGUGA